AAGUAACAAAGAUGCCAAGCCCAAGAAAACGUUCACGAUCCAGGUCUAGGAGCAAUUCUCCAAAGAGAAGUCCAGUAAAGAAGGCCAGAAAGACCCCUAAAAAGCCAAGAGCAAAAGGUGGAGUGAAGAAGCCAGCAACUUUAUCGUUGAUUGUUGCUGCCAUCCAAGCCAUGAAGAAUAGGAAGGGAUCGUCUGUCCAAGCCAUUAAAAAGUACAUCCUGGCCAACAACAAGGGAGUUAGUGCAGCUCGUCUAGGAACUGCCAUGAAACUUGCCUUCGCAAAGGGAUUGAAAUCUGGUGUUUUAGUCAGACCAAAAUCAUCCGCCGGUGCAUCUGGUGCAACUGGUAGCUUCCGUGUUGGUAAAGCACCUGCUUCACCCAAGAAAAAGGCAAAGAAAGCAAAGUCACCAAAAAAGAAAGCAAAGAAACCCAAAAACAAGUCAAACAACGCCAAGGCUAAAAAGUCACCCAAAAAGAAGACUGCAGUUAAAAAGUCAUCGAAGUCCAAGGCAAAAACAUCAAAGAAGCCGAAAACACCCAAAAAGAAGGCCACCAAGAAACCUACAAAGAAGAGGGUAAAGAAAUCACCCAAAAAGAAGGCCGCCAAGAAGUCUCCAAAGAAGUCCAAGAAGUAGACCUGAAUCAACAGAUUAACGACAAAACCAAAGGCCCUUUUAAGGGCCAACCAA